GGCCAAACUUUAUAAGUGAAUAGAUUUGAUAUAUCUUGGCUGUCUUUGUUUCGUCGAUGCAGUGAGAACGAGAGCCAUUAAUUCAUUGAUUUCGUAUUGAUUUCUCGACGACACCAGACUUGCUCGUCGCAACCAGAGCCAGCGCCACAAGAAGGACACCAGAGGCACGAUCACGCCUUACUAGGUACACAAUGCAUUGCACAAAGUGUUAGGUCAAUAACAGCGAAGAUGGUGUCUUUAGCGAGGACCAGGUGGCGACGGACAUAUAGUCAAGCUCGUUCUUCGAAUAUCAGAACACGAAGCGCGUUUCAGCGGACUCACUAGUUGUAGAAAAUAUAGUGGCAUUCAACACGCUUACUGAUACUUUUCUUGUCUUCUGGUUCUGACCUGCUCAGAUUCAGAAUCAGAUGCAGACACAGAGUUCCUUGUCAAAUUACAGGAUCUGAUCUUUGUCUUUCUAGUACCACCUAUGAUCUUGAUUUGAUAAGUGCCAACCUUGUACUAGUCAUGUGUAUUCUUGGACAUACGUUCUGGAGUGUCAUGCUGAGGCCUUCUAGAAGGGGUAUACUGCACCUAUGAGACUCAGGGUCAUCCCGCAAGGUACAAUCUGAUGAACUUUGAGUUGUUACCCAUAAAGCCCUUGUCCAAGCACGAUCUCAAUAUUAUUGAAGUCCCUUAUCGUUUCGCUUUAGCUUUACCCAGGGAGGUGGGCACGAGACACAUAUUCGGCCUGAGAAGUAGAAGCAAUGCAUGAGCACGGACGCAUACUCUAUCCCCCUCCAGGCUCGCAUGCUCGCGUGUUACUUUGUGUUUCUCGUGUUCUUUACUUUUGCAAACAUCGAUAUUUAAAUAACAUGUGUAGGAGUACUAAAGUUUCAAUUUCAACUCUUAAGGGGUGAAGGAUCGUCAUAGUUCUUAUAACCGCUGCCAACAAGCAUCAGGGGAAGGGCAGUAUCAGGAACGCGCUGGCCUAUAACAUCACUCGCUACGUACUAAUUCGCGAUCACCUCCAAGCGAUUGUUGAGCGUCGUGAAAACCAAGAGAAGGGAUCCAACUUUGUUGAAAUUCGGUGUCGGCUCCUUCUUUAUUUAUCCCACGUGAGGGAUGUCGAAUAAGAGAUGCACUAAUCAUUGCGAGUCUAGUACUUUCACACUUACAGAGUUUACAGCAGUCUCGGAUGUCCAGACUUUCUGGAGCCAUGGGCUCUGCAAAAAAUCGCAAGCCAGAAAACUCUUAAUCUUAGUCUUAGCUUUCUCCUUGACGCACAGCAAGAGCAGCAGAUCAGUCAGUGUUGUCAGAAUUUUCUUUUAAUUUGCAAGUAGCGAGGCAAACUUCAAGCUCCCAAACUAUAUGAAGCGGAAGGUUGAUUAUUCAAGUUGUACAACAGGCGAUCCAUCGGUAUUCAAGAAGCGCAGCUACCUGUACGACACAUGAGGUGUGAUCAAAGACCGAGAUAGCCUUUUUU